AUGACUACGAAUAAACGAUUUGGUGGAUUGGGUAUCCAAGAUCCCUCAAUACAACAACUUGCGCUCUUCUACAAAUGGGUUGAUCCUUUGCUUUUCGAAAGACCUGAGCGCUCUUUGGUUCAACAAUUUUUAUAUGUUCACUUGGCCAAUCAAUUUAAAACCUCCAACGUUCUCAUGUGUCUUCUUUUCCCACUUACCAGGCCUCGAAUUGUAGGUGCCAACGUCUCAACCAUUACUUUGGUAUGUCGUACCGUAGAUAUCAUUCCUCGGCGGCAAUUCACUUACAUACCUUGCCCUUUGGAUGCCUUGCUGUUGCCUCUACGCGCAAUAAUUGACCCGGCUUGUCACUAUAUGUUACCUCGAGCUCUGACAAAUGCUGCUGUUUCUGACCUUUACGAAUAUCACCUUGUUGGUCAUUUCCUGUCUCCCAAACGACUACGAACGGAUAUUCCAUUUAACUCCAAUUCGGUUACUCGCUUCCGAAACGCUACCGCUAACGGUAAUUGUCUUCUAAGCCCUUGGUUUAUACAAUGUAUGAGGCCAACAUCGCUCAGCCUCUACAACGCUGCUCAAGUCCCAGCCAUCAAAAAGUCUUUGGGCUUUUACUCUUUCCGACGUCGCUUACAUUUGUCUAUGGAUGAAACAUCUCUUAGCAACCCUAGCACGUCAUGCAAGGCCUUUCGAGAUCAUAUUACUAAGAGUCAUAAUAGCUCUAUUCUGCAUCAACAGGAGAUCACACAUGCCUCAUGGUCCCGAUUUUGGCGAUUGACACUCACUACCGUACAACCAAUUCAACGCUGUCAUGAAGAAGACACUUUUGUCGACGAGUAA